GCAGAGUGUAUGAAGCUCUUGCAUUGAUAACCUGCAGCUCAGCCUCACUCGGUCUCACUUUGUGGCUGUCCCCAUCACCUGGAGCGUCCUCCGGCCCAUUCUGUCUCCUUUCUGCUUCUCACUGCUGGACCGUCUGUGGCCACGCUCGGACCCCCUACCUUUAGCUGUCACCAUGACGCCCACCGUGCCGCUUUUCCUGCUGCUGCUCGGCCUUAUCGGAGCUCAGGCCACCUUUGAUCAGCGUAUGGCCGCCGCUAUGGCGGCAGGUCUGUGCAAAACCCGUCCCACAGACCUCGUGUUCAUCAUAGACAGCAGUCGUAGCGUUCGCCCUUCAGAGUUUGAGCAAGUGAAGGUUUUUCUGACAAACGUCAUCAACGGGCUGAACGUGGGACCCAACACCACCCGAGUCGGAGUCGUCAACUACGCCAGCCGUGUCAAGAAUGAGGUGUCUUUGAAGACUCACCGUACCAAAACUGCUCUGGUCAAGGCUGUGAGCAAAAUCGAGCCUCUUUCCACUGGAACGAUGACUGGAUUGGCCAUCCAGUUCGCCCUGAACGUGGCCUUCAGCGAGGCUGAGGGAGCUCGGCCCAAAUCUCCUGAUGUCAGCAAGGUCGCUAUCAUCGUGACAGACGGGCGUCCACAGGACAACGUGAAGGAAGUGGCUCAGCGUGCACGUGAUGCAGGCAUUGAAAUUUUCGCCAUCGGUGUGGGACGUGUGGACAUGACCACCCUGAAGCAGAUGGCCAGCGAGCCUCUGGAUGACCAUGUGGACUAUGUAGAGAGCUACAGUGUCAUUGAGAAGCUCACCAAGAAGUUUCAGGAGGUCUUUUGUGACCCAGUAUCAGACCUGUGUGCCACUGGGGAUCACGACUGUCAGCAGGUAUGCAUCAGCACCCCAGGAUCAUACAAGUGUGCCUGCAAAGAUGGCUUUACCCUAAUGGACGAUGGUCGCACUUGCAGUGCUUGCGGCAAUGCUGCGAUAGAUACGGUAUUUGUGAUUGAUGGCUCAAAAAGCGUGCGUCCUGAGAAUUUUGAACUGGUCAAGAAGUGGAUCAACCAAAUCAUUGACAAACUGGAUGUGUCUGAUAAAAAUACUCAUGUUGGUCUUGUGCAGUACUCCAGCACAGUCAGAACGGAGUUUCCCCUGGGCCGAUACAACAACAAGAAAGACCUGAAAGAGGCUGUGAAGAAGAUGGACUACAUGGAGAGGGGAACCAUGACAGGCAUGGCUCUACGCCACAUGGCUGAUAGUGUCUUUAGCAUCGCUCAGGGAGCCCGGCCUGGAGUGCAAAAAGUCGCCAUUGUCUUUACCGACGGACGCAGCCAGGACUACAUUGGAGAUGCGGCUAAGAAGGCAAAGGAACUUGGUUUGAAGAUGUACGCUGUUGGAGUGGGCAAUGCAUUGGAGAGUGAGCUAAAACAGAUUGCCUCUGACCCAAUUGGAGAGCAUUACUUCUACACAGCUGACUUCAAGGCAAUGAGCCAGAUUGCCAAGAAGCUACAAAUUAACGUUUGCAAUGGUGAAGACCCUUGUGAGUGCGACACUCUUGUAAAAUUCCAGAAGAAAGUAGAGGAUGCCCUACAAGCACUAAACAAAAAAUUAGAGAGUAUGUCGAAGAGGAUUGCCUUGCUGGAGAACAAAAUUGUUUGAAGCCUCCCAUGCAACUCAUCUCUUAUGGCUCUGCACACUCACCAUGUUGCAUUCAGUAAAAUACUCGAGUAUAUGAAUCCAAACUUCUGCUUGUGCCCUGAAUUUCUCCAGAUUCUUCCGACCAACUCCUGCCAACUCUAUCCCUGAUUUUUCUCCAUCUCUCCUGGGACACAAACCUCAACUUACCAUGGGGGACCAGCCUUUAUAUGCGCAUGUUCUCCGUAGGUUGCGCUCCAAAGCCGGCCUGUGUGCUAAUAAAAGUCUUCCCUCAUAGGGAAACAGUGAUGGUUAACUAAAUGUUUUUUUCUUUGUCACGGCCGGAAACAACCUCUGCCAAGUUAAAUGAGGCAACUUCAUCACCUUUGCUUCUCUGUUUUUACUUUUUGCUACCUGCCUCUCUUUUCUUUUCUUUCUAUUUAAAAGGCAGCUUUAUACCUAUACCGGUAAAUUAAUAUAAGAUUUAUAUCUGACAGGAAGAAUACAAAGGUGAUGUUUAUUUUGCUAAAUAAAGGUGAUUCAGGAAGUUAA